AUGCCUCAUCCAAAUAGGUCUCCCAGCUCGCCGAGCCUGCGAAAUCACCCCAAGCAGGCUAUGGAUGAGCUUCCUCUCUUUCGACAACCCUCAAUGCCUCCCUCGAAACUCUCGUCCCACACUUCCUCCGUUCGCAGACUCUGUUCCCGUCGCCCUCGCCCCUCAGUCGCGUCGAUAGCAGAUAUUUUUGUCAGCUCGCUGGUCCUGGCAAGCUUUUGCCAUGAACACUCGCCGAACCGCCGAGGGCUCUCGACCUUAGCCCGGGCUUCCGCCGAUCAUAAUCUGCAAAGAUUCCGGGGCAAAAGUGCAGCUGGUCGCAGAGUACUACCACCCCGGCGUCAAUCAGAGUAUUCAAGCUCAAACUUGCAUCUGUCGCGGCCCAGGAGAUUGAUCAGCAGCGGAUUGGCACGUACGAACGACGAUAAUACGGAGGAUUUUGAUAUUGAUCCAGGGCCACAAGAGCAAAGGGAGGCAGACGACGACUACAUACCCUUGUGGCCCUCAGAUGCUGCGGACGUGGAAUCAGGAAGCCGCCGUGACAGAGUCGACUUCACACAAUACAUCGAUCAGAGACUAGAUAUAACAACAUAUACGAAAUCCGACAUUGAACGGAAAUCGCCAAACAAACAUCUUGACAAAUCCUUACCUACAUGGAUGGACCCCCAGGAGGAGAAACGCUUCUUCACCUCAAAGCUGUAUCAGCGAUCAUUGGUAAAUCAUGACUGGGAGGAGGCAGUGAACGCCAUAACGCCAUCUUCACGCUACCAAAAAUCGCGAAAAGAUACGUCACGCGAUCAAAUGGAAAUCCACUCGGUCGAAAAACUUGUCACAACACUGUGGGAACAGCCAACCCCAUCUACUCAAUACCUUUUCCGAUUAUACAGAGACCUUCCUGCACCUGGGGUCGCAUUGCUCUCACAACGUACUCGUGGAGCUCUUCUGCGGUUGUUUGCGCAUCCUCGAGACCGACGAUGGGUAGAUGCCCGUCGCUACUUGGCUUUGGUGGACGACAUGGUAACUGCUCAUCUCCCUGUUUCGCGGUCACUCUGGUCUUCGGCGAUUCAUCUUGCUGGUCGAGCGAAUGGCAAAGUGCUGAAGCGCGAUCUUCUUCGAGCAGUUGGAAUGUGGCAGAAAAUGGAACAUGUCGCUGGGGUUAAGGCUGACGAGGUGGUCUUCAAUAUUCUGUUCGACAUUGCAAUUAAAGCGGGCGCAUUCAAAGUUGCUGAUCGUCUGGAAGAGGAAAUGACGGAGCGAGGCCUUAGCUUCUCCCGCUGCGGAAAGGUUUCAAAAAUUUAUUAUCACGGGAUGCUCAGGGACGCUGAAGGCAUUCGGGAGGCGUUUGACGAAUUUGUGGAAUCUGGCGAGAUUGUCGACACAGUGGUUAUGAAUUGCCUCAUAGCCUCCUUCCUCCGGGCGGGCGAGACCCAAACUGCGGAGCAGCUAUACGCGCGCAUGCUGGAAAAACAAUCAAGCAAGAAUAAACGCCUUUCGCAUCCGGAGGAUUCAUGUCAGUUUCACAUUGGCGGCUCGAAUUUAAGUUACGACAUGCCCGAGUAUCGAGAGAGAUCCCGAAAGCUGGGCCGCGUGCUGAAGAAGUCAACAGCACUCAAGGAAAAGUUUCCGGCAUACCACCGUGCUCUCCAGGAUUCCCUCUCCAUGACACCUGACACACGAACCUUCUAUCUCUUCCUACGACACUACGCUCACAACACCGGCCAGCUGGAUAGUUUCAUAGCUGUCAUGCAUGACAUGGAGAGGACCUUUGCCGUGCCACCACGUGCAAUCAUCUACCUGUUUCUCUUCGAAGGGUUCGCUCUUCAUGGGCGGAAGAAAAAGCAAUGGAGCCCCGAGAAUCUUCGAUUGACCUGGCAUGCAUACAUUCGGGCUCUGCGCGACUCGAACGCAAGGCUCCGUGGGCUCAAUCUGAACAAACGAAAGAUGACGUGGGAGAACCCUCUGGCGAAAAGCGUGAGCCUCGAUCUGGAGGAGCUCCCAGUGACCGAUUCUCCCAACGGUCUAUACAUGCCUUUGCCAACAGCCGAUACGACAUCACGCCAACCGAGUUCCGAAGAAACCCCCGAGACCUUCUCGGCCCACGGUUCGCCAGCCAAGGCUCAAGACUCGAGGCCUGUGGACGAAGAAGAUGACGAGUCCACCGAAAUAGCGGAAUUUGGCGUAGACGAGGUGUUCGAACCUCGCUCGCCAUUCUCCGAAGCAGAACAAGAGCCCUGGGAUUCCGAGAAGCGUCUCACGAAUGGUGUUUUCGUCGGACGGCGGAUGAUCACUAUCAUUUUGCAAGCAUUUGGAACGUGCUGCGGGCCCAAAGAAGUCCUGGAGGUUUGGUUGCAGCUUGAGCGGCUCUGGCAUCCACAGCAGCGCAAAGCAGUUGAUGUAUUGGCUGUCAAGGAAGAGCUUGACAAGCAGAUGUCUCGAGAUCCGCAUCGGAAUCGAGCAGGUCGCUGA